AUGCCCCGUAUCGCCCUCCCUCGCCUUCCCCUACGCCAGCAGUCCAGCCGACGCACUUUUACAUCCACCAUGGCUCCUUUCAAGCCUGCCCUGUCUAUCGACACUAUCAACCCCGCCGUCCUUUCCGUCCACUAUGCCGUCAGAGGCGAGCUCGCUACCAAAGCCGACAACUAUGUCCAAGUCCUCAAGACCCCCGCCUCAUCGCCAGGCGGUAUCUCCCGGUCCGACCUGCCGUUUGAAAAAGUCGUCACUGCCAAUAUCGGCAACCCCCAGCAGGCCGGGCUGAAUCAAGUGCCCCUGACGUUCUGGCGCCAGGUCAUCUCGUUGCUCGAAUACCCCGAUUUGAUGACGACACACAAGGCGUUGGCAGAGCAGAUCUACCCGGAAGAUGUGCUGGAACGGGCCAAGAGUCUGUACAAGGAGAUUGGCAGUGUGGGCGCGUAUACGCAUUCCAAGGGGGUGCUUCAGAUCCGGGAACGAGUCGCCAAGUUUAUUGAAUCGCGCGAUGGCUACCCCGCCGACCCCGAGUCCAUCUACCUCACUGCCGGUGCUUCUGCCGGUGUCUCCUCCAUCCUCGGCGUCGCCCUCCGCAAGGGCGAUGGCUGCAUGAUCCCCAUCCCCCAAUACCCCCUCUACACCGCCACCCUCGCCUACCUCAAAGCUGAGCCUUUACCCUACUAUCUCUCUGAGGCCGACGACUGGUCUAUGAGCCACGACUCGCUCUUGAAGAGUGUGGAGGAAGGCAAGAAGGCUGGGACACCCGUCAAGGCAUUGGUCAUCAUCAACCCUGGAAACCCCACGGGUGCUUGUCUGAGUUUGGAGGCGAUGGAGGCCGUGGUCAAGCUUUGUUAUGAGGAAGGCAUCCUCCUCCUCGCGGACGAAGUCUACCAGGCCAACAUCUACGACCCUUCCCACCGCCCAUUCAUCUCGUUCAAAAAGGUCCUCCGGAGCAUGCCUGAAGAGAUUGCAAACAGCGUCGAGCUUGUGUCGUUUCACUCUAUCUCGAAGGGUGUCAGCGGAGAGUGUGGAAGGCGAGGAGGGUACUUUGAGUGUGUCAAUAUUGAUAGCGAGGUGAUGGGCCAGGUGUACAAGAUGGCUAGUAUCUCUCUGUGUCCCCCGGUCUCUGGUCAAGUCGGUGUCGACCUCAUGGUCUCUCCUCCCAGCGAAGGCUCUCCUUCCUAUCCCCUCUGGUCCCAAGAAACCUCCCUCAUCCACAACAAUCUCAAAUCCCGCUCCUUCCUCAUGGCCGAGCAUUUCAACAAGAUGCAAGGCGUCACUUGCAACAAUGCCGAAGGCGCCAUGUACCUCUUCCCCAAGAUUGACAUGCCGGAGAAGGCGGUGGCCAAGGCCAAGGAAAUUGGAAAGGAGGUGGAUGUGAUGUAUGCUUUGGACCUUCUUGAUGCCACGGGUAUCUGUGCGGUUGCCGGCAGUGGGUUUGGACAAGAACCGGGGACGUAUCAUCUCCGAGUCACCGCGCUGUGCCCAGACACUGCCGAGUUUAUUGGCAGGUUUGAAAAGUUCCACCAGGACUUUAUGGCCAAGUAUGCCUAA